AUGCUUUUGGGGGGACAUUCUGGAGCCCAACAGGUUUCCCCCAACUUUCCGACCACCUCAUUCACAGAGAGAGUGAUCACCUGUGAUGACGACCUCAACGUCCACCGCCUGAGCUGUGAGAGUGGAGUGAUCUUUGUGCAGACAGCUCUGUAUGGGCGAGCAGACAAAACGACCUGCAGUGAGGGCAGACCUCCACAGCAGCUUGCCAACACACAGUGUUCUCAUCCGGACACCUUGGACAUCAUGAGGAAAAGAUGUAAUGGCAAGAGGGUGUGUGAACUAAACACAAACACCUUCCGUGCUUCUGAUCCCUGCAUUGGGAUCUGCAAAUAUCUGGACACCACCUACACCUGCCUCCCAGCAAUCUUCAGCAUAACAUGUGAAAGGUCUCUGGCAAGCCUGCAGUGUGAUGAAGGGCAGGUUAUACUUGUCUAUAGUGCUGAUUACGGACGUCGUGACCCCACCACAUGCUCUUACCGACGACCUGUCUCUGAUGUUCAAAAUGUGUGCUCACUCCCCACAAGCAAAGUUGCUGAAAGCUGUAACGGGAAAAACAGCUGUACUAUCAGAGCAGUCAACUCAGUGUUUGGAGACCCCUGUGGCACCACUUAUAAGUACCUGGAAGUGGCUUACACAUGUCACUUGAUCAACUGCUCGUUUGCUUUGGUGACGGUGCGAUCGCACUUUCUAGAGCUCAGCAUGUUUCCCCCAACCCCCUCAUCCGUAGAGAGAGUGAUCGACUGUGAUGACGAGUACAACGUCCACCGCCUGAGUUGUGAGAAUGCAGCGAUAAGUGUGCAUACCGCUCUGUAUGGACGUGCAGACCGUACGACCUGCAGUGAGGGCCGACCUCCACAGCAGCUUGCCAACACACAGUGUUCUCUGAAAAGCUCUUUAUUUUCUCCCUGCAGUUGUAAUGGCAAGAGGGUGUGUGAAACAAAUACGAACACCUUUCGUGCUUCUGAUCCCUGCAUUGGCAUCUACAAAUAUCUGGAGACCACCUACACCUGCCACCCAGCAAUCUUCAGCGUAGUGUGUCAGCACUCUUUGGCAAAGCUGCAGUGUCCUGGAGUGCAGCUUAUUUUUGUCUACAGUGCUUAUUAUGGACGGCGUGACCCCACCACAUGCUCUUACCAACGACCUGCCUCUCAGGUCCAAAAUGUCGACUGCUCAAACCCCACGAGCAAAGUUGCUCAAAGCUGUAACGGGAAAAGCAGCUGUACUAUCAGAGCGAGCAACUCAGUGUUUGGAGACCCCUGUGUUGGCACUUAUAAGUACCUGGAGGUGGCUUACACAUGUCAAUGUAAGUAG